AUUUGUGUCAUUUCAAUUUUCAAUUGAACCAGUCAUCUCUCUCUCUUCUUCUGCAAAUUUGUGUUUCUGGAAUCGCGAAAAGAAUGUCAGGGUAUCCACAUGGAACACCAGGGUACGGCUAUGGUGCGCCACCGCCGCAGCCGUAUGGAUCGCCAUCACCACAGCAACAGCAACAGCCACAGCCCUACGGAUCGGCACCAUACGGUGCGCCACCGACGGCACAGCCAUACAAUCCCUAUGGUAGUGCUCCGUCGGCACCAUACGAGAAGCCUCCCAAGGACAAGCCGCAUGGAAGCGGCGCGCCACCGCAGCAGCCUGGAUAUGGUCCACCACCGCAGCAGCCUGGAUACGGCCCACCACCGCAGCAACCUGGUUACGGUCCACCACCGCAGCAGUCUGGAUACCCUCCGGCGGGGUACGCAAGCCCAUUCUCGUCUCUGUUGCCGUCGACGUUCCCACCGGGAACCGAUCCAAACGUGGUGGCUUGUUUUCAGGCAGCCGACCAGGACGGUAGCGGCUUCAUAGAUGAUAAGGAGUUGCAGAGGGCCUUAUCGUCUUACAACCAGAGCUUCAGCCUCAGAACUGUUCACCUUCUUAUGUACCUCUUCACCGGUUCCAAUACCCGUAAGAUCGGACCCAAGGAGUUCACAGCAGUGUUCUACAGUCUUCAGAACUGGAGGUCAAUUUUUGAGAGGUUUGAUCGAGAUCAUAGCGGGAAAAUCGAUGAAUUGGAGCUUCGGGAGGCACUUCUCAGUCUUGGAUUUUCUGUUUCUCCAGUCAUCUUGGGUUUGCUUGUCUCUAAAUUUGACAAAAGUGGUGGUAAAAACAAGGCAAUCGAAUACGAUAAUUUCAUCGAGUGUUGCCUCACAGUUAAGGGGCUCACAGAGAAGUUCAAGGAGAAGGACACAACAUACUCAGGUUCAGCAACAUUCACCUAUGAGUCUUUCAUGUUGACUGUGUUGCCCUUUCUUAUUGCUUAGGAGAGUGAAGCCCAUGGUGUGGAUCUGGUUAUUUUAAUUUGUGUUCUUCUAAACUAUAUGUACAAAGGAUUUUUAUUUACUUUCUCCUCUAUACCUUUUAUGGAUUCAGAUUCUGUAGUUUCUGAAUGAAUUCAUCUUCAGUUAUAUUUUGUUUAGAACUUGAUAAUUUAAGUUGAUCAUAGAGAA